GUUUGCACGAAAAGCUUGUUCAGAAUUUGUAAUAUUUUUCUUCAUUUAUAUGGAGUCACUAUGGAUGGAUAUUUCGAUGGCUUAACGGUGUGGAAUGUUCUAAUAUUUUUUAUAUACAUGUUUUGCACGUAUUUUAAAUAUUACUCAGACUGGAGAUAUUUUGCCAUUGUGGAUAUUAAUUAAAUUACUUACCAAGUCAUAAUAUAUAAGGCAUUCGGGCAUAGCUUCAUUUUUUGGAGGGGUCGAUUUUGAAUUUAUAUACGUAACGUAAAUAUAGGCGAGUCAUUUGUCCCCCCGUUGUGACGUCACAGCUAGGGUGGUGAUUCAUCCCCGUCCUGGGCGGAAGACUAGCUUUGCUCUGGCGCCUUUUUGUCCAUUGUUGAUUGAAUUGAGAGAGUUUUCCACGCGUUUUCUUUGUGUUUCCAAGCUUAGGCUCAGCUGAUGGCCAGUCAUGCUGUCUCGCGUCUUGUAUUCAGUGAAGGUAACACGCCUGUCUAGGUGUUCCUGCCUCACACUGCUCACACGUAAGCAUGGGUUCUCUCGGGAGGCAGAUGACCCGGGGGAGAUGCCUCUGGGCCUCUAGGUAUGUUGUCUCUGCCUCCACCAGUAUAACCUCAUCCUCUACACGUGUCUCCACCUACUCCUGCACCCGUGACUCCCAUAGCAAGGUGGGUCGUGUGGAGGCCUUGAGAGCAGUGAACCCUCUGCCAUUCUCUGCCUUCCUUACAGACUCCUUUGGACGUGAACAUUCUUACCUCAGAAUUUCCCUCACUGAAAAAUGUAACUUGAGAUGCCAGUACUGCAUGCCAGAGGAAGGUGUGAGUCUGACACCCAAGGACAGCCUGCUCACCUCGGAGGAAAUACUGAGGAUAGCGCGGCUGUUUGUGUCAGAGGGAGUGGACAAGGUGCGACUGACGGGAGGCGAGCCGAUGGUCAGGAAGGACCUCACACACAUUGUUGAGUCACUGUCGGGCCUGGGAGUGAAGCAGCUUGGCCUGACAACCAAUGGCCUGCUGCUCAAGAGGCGUCUCCGGGAUCUGCAGUCAGCCGGCCUCACUCACCUCAACAUCUCCCUGGACACACUCAUCCCGCAGAAGUUUGAGCUGAUCACUCGGCGCCGGGGGUGGGAGAGGGUCAUGGAGGGUGUCGAUUUGGCUCUUGACCUCGGCUAUUCCCCUGUCAAGAUCAACUGUGUGGUGAUGCGAGAAAACGAGGAGGAGCUGACGUCCUUCAUGGAGCUGACACGACACAAGGAUAUUGAUGUGCGCUUCAUUGAGUACAUGCCCUUUGACGGGAACAAGUGGGAUGACCGCAAGAUGGUAAGUUACAGGGAGAUGCUGAAGCACCUUCAGGAGGCAUUCCCUGGGCUCACCAAGGCCUCGGACAAGCCCAACGAUACCUCCAAGGCAUACAAGGUUCCUGGGUUUGUGGGUCAGGUUGGCUUCAUCACCUCCAUGUCUGACAACUUCUGCGGCUCCUGCAACAGACUGAGGCUGACGGCUGACGGCAACCUCAAGGUGUGUCUCUUUGGGGCCGCUGAGAUCUCCCUCAGAGAUGCAAUGCGGAGAGGUUGUGCUGACAAGGAGCUACUGGAGGUUGUGGGGGCGGCCGUGGGGAGGAAGAGGAGGCGUCAUGCAGGCAUGCAGAACCUGGUCAGGCUGAAGAAUCGGCCGAUGAUUCUAAUCGGGACAGAUAUGUGUGUCACUUCUGCCCACACCAUCACACCACCACACACUGUAACCCAUCACACUACUGCUACAUCACAUACACCACACCACACUACCUAUCCCACACUGCACCAUGCCCUCACCACACCACACCUCACCACAAUGCACGCCCGAUAUCUUCACACCACCACUACCGCCACUACUGACAGAGGCACACCAGAGCAGCCCAGUGUUGGCAGAGGCCAGCAGAGAAACAACACUUCCAAUGACACCUCCUCUCACAUCACUCAGGGAAGAACCUCAGAUGGUGCUAGUGCCUCAGCCUCCCAGGACCACAAUGCACUGUUCUGGCACCAGUUUGGCCACCACCACCUCAGUAAUGAAGCACAGGUGGAAGCUGAGAUGAGAGUUAAGAGAAUGAUAACUAAUACUGAAAUGAACUUAAGUGAAGGUGAGAGUGGAAUGAAAACACAAAAUUGGAAUGAUGUGACAGUUCAGACUCCAGUAACAAAUGAAAAUGAGAAGAACCUGAGUGAAAAUGAUCAUAGAAUAGAAACACUGCACCAAAAAAACAUAAAGACUCAGAAUUCCUCAACUAGAAAAGCAAGUAAAGGAAGGAAGCCACAAGAAAACGAGACAGGGAGAACAGAAGCAACAUCCGACCCACCUCAACCCAGCACCCUCACACACGUCACCACCACAGGGGAGGCACGGAUGGUAGACGUGGGUGGCAAGGCAGUGACACGCAGGGAGGCCGUGGCACGUGCUGAGGUAUCCCUGGGAGCUUUGGCCUUCCAGCUGGUGAAGGAGAACAGGGCCAAGAAGGGAGACGUUCUUGGUGUGGCACGUGUUGCAGGGAUCAUGGCAGCUAAAAGGACAUCUGAGCUUAUCCCCUUGUGCCAUUCCCUUCCUUUAGACACUGUGGAGGUUAACUUAAUGCUGAGAGAGAGCCAUAAAGGAUCAGAGGUGCCAGUAUCAGAUCAUGUGGUGGUGAUAGAGGCUAGAGCAGUGACAACAGGACGGACAGGGGUGGAAAUGGAGGCGCUGGUGGCGGUGUCUGUGGCGGCGCUCACAGUGUAUGACAUGUGCAAGGCAGUGUCCCAUGCCAUCACCAUAUCACAGGUGCGCCUCGUCUCAAAGUCAGGUGGCAAGAGGGACUACACUGCCAGAGAGUGAUGGUGGUGAUUGUGUGUGUGGCAGUGGUGAAAGAACCUUAAGUGCAUUUUUGUUGUUAUUUGAAA